CUACGUUUAACUUUACCAUAAUCAUCACACACAUACAUAUGUACAUACUUCACUCGUAUGUAAUACUCCAGAAUAUGUAAACUUAUCCUGAGUUAACAACAUCGCUCAUUCGUUCCAAUAUUCAUAACCGACAAGUGAUCCGACUUCUCUCGUGUCGUUGUGGGAAAUAUUUAUAAUGAAAUUGUUUUCAGUCUUUGUUGUAUCUCUUAAUUUAGUAAAUUUUGUGAUAUCAGACUCUGUAAUUAAGCUGUACGAUAAGGAUGGGAAGGAACUCUUCACUAGUCAAGGAUCCGGUGGCGAAGUGUCACCAAGACGGGAAGAUUUUCCGAUUGUGUUAUCAUGCACAAGUUCAAGUCCAAACGGGUGGAAAAUAAAUUUGAGUGGGGAUGAGAACCAAUUGAAAAAUGGGGACAUUAAGAGAUCAACCAUUUCAGAUGAUACAAAUGGAAUUCUAUUCACGUCACGGCUAACUCUGCCAAAUUACACAAAUUCCAUCGUAGGUCGUUACGCUUGCUCAUCUAAUCAUAAUUCGGACCGGAUCGGAAUACAACUUUUUCUUCAACCCGAUAAUCCCGACGUGUCACUAUAUCUGCGACCCGGAUCUAGUCAUGUUGUCCAACCUAUUGUGGGUGAUGAUGCAAUUGUGCUCCCAUGUCCGGUCUCCUCGAUAUCAUCGGAUCUCUUCGUGGAAAAAAUGAGGAUGUUUACCUCGUCACGUGUCGACAUUCCGUACGACGCGUCCCGCAACGGAUUCGUAAUCCGACCUGCCACCGGAAGAUAUACAGAUCUCAUAAAAUAUGUGGGUAGUUUCACCUGCUCGCAGAUCGGGUUCGGGUCAGAAGACGCCAUAGCGGUCGAAAUUAGUUCUCCAAUUGGAUAUGAGGUUCACCCAGCAUCCGAACAAAUGAUUGUGGAGGGAUUGGAAACUAUGACGGUUUCCUGUGGGGCAAAUUUUCCCUUCAAACUUAGUUUGUAUAAUGGAAGGGAGAAAGCGCUUAACGUCACGUAUUUCUAUAAUGGGAUCGGAGAUCGUUUCAGAUUCAGAGGGUUGGCCUCCUACAUUCCGGAAAAGGAUGAAGAGGAUGAAAUAUCCUGUGCGACGGAGGGAAAUGGGCGGUCAGUUCACGCUUGGAAAUUCGUGGCGAAAGAUUAUCAAGUGAAGCAAAGGAUAUCUUCAGACCGGAAACGAAUUGAGUGCAUGAUAUCUCCCAAAAGUAAAGAUGAUGUCAAACCCUCCCUAAAAUUAUCGUAUUGUCGGAAUCACGACGAAUGUUUGCUGUUCAAUCAAACUGAAAUUCACAACGAUGCUGGAAACUUUAUUAUCUCAUCGUGUGGGGAAGGAUGCAUUUCUGCUACAUUUAAUAAAGUUGGUGGUUUUUGGGCGACCUGCUCGGAUGGGGGUGAUAUCGUCAAAAAGGCACUAUUUUACUCGGAUAUAAACCUUAACUUAUAUAGUAUUGAGGAGCCUGUUGAAGAAAGCGGUAUGGCAGAAAUUAAUGGCAAAUCGGAGAGUUCAGUGUCUGUGAGAUGGAGUCGGUUUUUCUUGCCAGAAAAUGGAGAGUGGGCAAUGCCAAAAGAUUUUGCAUGGGAUGAAACUAAUCGCGAAGAACAAGACGGUAGUCUAAGUUCGACAAUUACCAUCCAACCAAAUGGUCAAGCCGGGUAUAACGUGUCGUGGUCAGCUUUUGGCUGGAAUUUGAAUAAAUUUUCCAAAAACGACAAAGGAUUGAUUCAAUUAAGCCAUGAAUUCGUUCCAAAACAAGCAGAAAAACAAGUCCCUGAGGAUAAUGUUGUCCACUGUCCUCCCCCCGAGCGUCUUCCAAUAUCAUGUCCUGAAACCUAUGAUAAAUUGCCAAUUUGGUUCACAGUUUUAGGCCCAGAUUCCGUAUGGAUUUAUCCAAUUGCUCUAACAUUUUUUGCGGCCGGAUUUAUCGUUCUACUUGUGUCCAAACUUUUUGAAAAUAAAUCAUUUCCUGAAGAUGCGCACCUUCGAAAUGGGGUGGAGAAAGUUUAUCAAGAGAGGACAGGAAGUGACACGGAUUUUACGCCACAGGAAACUGAUUUAAUUGAUACGAGUUAUCACAAUGGAACUACAGAUGACAACUCGUCCACGUCAACUCCUACAUUCAGCAGACAGUCAACUUUUCAACAAAAUCCCCGUUCCAGCCAAAAUAUCGUGUCCCCAUCGCAGUCCCAGAUGUCACAAGAUGUGCAAAUGUUCCAUCACGAAGUUAGCGAUCAAAGUAACACUAACUUUACCAGGCAACAUUUGCCUUCUACAGAUUUGGAAUCAGAAAAAUUACCACCUCCAACGGCAAACGCCAGUAAUGGAAUAGGGACAAAUUUGCGUCCAGUCGAUUCACUUCAAAAAGAAAGAGCCCUCCGCACCCCAAGGAAGGAGUUAGGAAAAAGCAAGUCGCUGCCGUAGCAAGGGGGAGGAGGAAACGUUCCCAAUGUAAAAAAGAAGACCACCACGGCGAAGAAGAAGGUGUCACCGAAAGUAAAAAGUUUAAGCGUGCCGAUGAAAGCUAAGAUUAAAAAAAUGAUUCAAUUAUUCUUACUUAUUUUUGUACAAUUCAAUUCAAUACGAAAUUUUUACUUACUUUGAGUACUUUUACAUCUAGCGACAGUAUGUAUACAUGCCACUAGCAAAUGUAAAUAUGUAAAAAACAAAAAAAAAUAUGAAUCACAUUAUUUUUAUUUUUUGAACGAAUUCUUAUACUGGUUUUCUUUAAUUUAUGUUAAAUUUACAAAUGUGGGAUAUAUCAUUUUUGUGGCGAAUCUGAAAUGUGUAAAUUGCGAGCUAAAAUAUUUAUUUAUGGGACUAAAUUUAUUGGUACGAUUUUUGGUGGAAAUUUAUCCACAUACAUAAUACGUGAGAUAAACACAUAUAUUUAAUGGUGCUAUUAAUACCGUAUUUGCAUAUCUGUACAAUGCGAAUGUGAUUAUCCAAGACACACAAAUACAGGAUAUUGACAACGUUACAUUAGAAAAUUAAACUAAAUACGAUUUAUAUACACAUUUAAUUUAUUUCGUAAGACGUAAAACUUUUUCUGUUUGUUGUACAAAUGUAUGUGGAGUAUGUACUUUUCGUACGGAUGUAUUUAUACAUAUAUGCAGGUGGGAAUUGUUGUCGGACUCGAAUUUUAAUAUUACCAAAUUUAUGGGGGUGGGGCAAAUGUAUUUUUAAAGGAGGAUGUUAAAGACAUAAUCCAGGUAUUUAUUUGUUGCUCGUACAAGAGAGAUUUUGACUGUCGUUUUUAUGUAUUCAUAAUUCUUGUCAUUAUAAGAUAAGUAUAGUAUUGAAUGCAAAAUUAAUGAACUGAAGUACACCCAGAAUUAAACGAAUACUAUUGACUAUACUGCAAAA